AUGGCUGGGCACGAAUGGGACUGGUUUCAGCGGGAGGAGCUGAUCGGGCAGAUUAGCGACAUCCGAGUUCAAAACCUCCAAGUGGAGAGGGAAAAUGUACAGAAAAGAACAUUUACCCGAUGGAUAAAUCUGCAUUUGGAAAAGUGCAGUCCCCCGUUGGAAGUGAAAGAUCUGUUUGCUGAUGUUAAAGAUGGCAAAAUUUUGAUGGCUUUACUGGAGGUUCUCUCAGGGCAAAAAUUGCUGCACGAGUACAAGCCCUCGACCCAUCGUAUUUUUCGACUGAACAAUAUUGCAAAAGCCCUUAAGUUUUUGGAGGAUAGCAACGUAAAACUGGUUAGCAUUGAUGCUGCAGAAAUAGCAGAUGGAAACUCUUCUAUGGUACUGGGUCUGAUAUGGAACGUAAUCCUGUUUUUUCAGAUUAAGGAACUUACAGGCAACCUCAAUAGGAAUUCCUCCUCUUCCAGCUUGUCGUCUGGGCCCAGCGGGCCUGACUCAGACACGUCUCAUCCCAGCACCCCUAAUGUGGAGAGAAGCAUGUCUGUCUCAGUGAAGGAUCAGCGAAAAGCAAUCAAGGCCCUUUUAACCUGGGUUCAAAGGAAAACGAGAAAGUAUGGAGUUGCAGUUCAGGAUUUCACCAGCAGUUGGCGAAGCGGGCUUGCUUUCUUAGCUAUAAUCAAAGCAAUAGACUCUAGCUUGGUAGACAUUAAGCAAGCUUUGGAUAAAUCAUCUCGGGAAAAUAUAGAGGAUGCCUUCACAAUAGCACAAGACCAUUUGGGUAUUCCAAGACUUCUGGAGCCAGAAGACAUCAUGGUCGAAUCACCCGAUGAACAGUCAGUGGUGACCUACAUUGCACAAUUCUUGGAGCAUUUCCCAGAGCUGGAAGGGGAAGAUUUUUCAGACCCAGACAAGGAAUUUCCAGUUGAAUCUACUUAUGUCCAUAUCAAAGACAUACCAGGGGAAGAAAAACCAGAGAAGAUCUUAGUUCUGAAUGAGAAUGGGGGCCACACUUAUACCACUCACUGGGACAGGAGCCAGUCACCACCUCCAAAAGUCCAUAUUCUUGAUCUGCCUCUUGAUCAGGAGGACCAGAAUUUGCGUAGGGCAAAUAAACUCCAUGACAAUCUGAACCAACCUUUAUCUGAUCAUUCAGAGACUCUCACAGAAUUGCUGCAUUCAGAAGAUCCUCCGAGGCCCACCUCUCUGCCAGUUAUUGAACCCUUUGGUUUUCAGUCCGGCCCUGUGACCGACAUUCUUGCCAAUAAAAUAAAUGGGCCUGAAGGGAAUCAAGCGAACAUGCAAGAUUCACUGAAGAGGAAUGACAAGCUUCCCCCUGAAGUCCUUAUGAACAGCGAAUAUCCCAUUGACCCAGUUGGUUCUUCAGAAGGCGGCCAAGAAGAAAUUGAUGUGCAGGAGCCGUCCAAUAAAAUGCAAAAAUUGCUUGAUGGAGAGACUGGCUCAUUAUCUCAGACUUCACAUCCACUUAAAAAUGAAUCAGGUCUGACAAGGGAGCAUCCAGUAUCAGAUUCUCCAGUGGAACAGACUGCACAUCAAUAUGUAUUACAGAUGCUGCAUGAGGAGAUAGCUAAACUUCCAGAAACAGUGGAUUCUGCGGAUCAAGAAGCUGAGUCAUCUAAUUUCACGGAUAAUUCUGACACGUCUUUACCUUCUCCAUCUGAACGUCUCUCCCUAGCAAUUAGAAACACUCCCAAGAGCAUAGAUAUUACUAAUCAAGGUGCAUCAUUGCCCGAAAUGAUAGCAAACUCUUCUAAAGUUUCUGUAAUUCCCCACGACCUCUUUUAUUAUCCACAUUAUGAUGUUCCUAUAUCAGCAGUUCUAGAUGCCUUUACUACCCUUGACACAGAUUCAUCUCUUUCUGAAAGCAAUAAAAUCUGUCCUGAGGUUUCUGGGAACAAUUUAGCUGAGAAAGAGUCCCUUGCCCUAACGAAUGAGGAGGAAAAUCUAAAGCCAGGCCUCCAUGCCAAUGUGGAGGUUUCACCAAUGCCAACUGAUGACAAAAUCUUGGGAAAACGAAAGAAAAAUACUUGCAGUCAUACCAAGUCUUCCCUGAACAGUGCAGAAGCUACAAUAGUAGGAAAAAGUGCUGUGCCUAAAGCCAGAAGUAAUGUCACCUCUUCUCAGAAAGAUUCUGCACACCCUGAAGUCCCUGUGAUAGUGGUAAAUCAAUUUGAUACUACAGCAGUGCCGGAAGAAAGAAAAACGACAGAGGAAAAAAGUAAAAGGAAAGAAAAAAGGAAAAAUAAGGCCAUUUUCCAAGGAGAAAACACCCAAGGUGCAAAAGCUGGCUCCACUCGAUUACUAGAUAAGGUAGAAGAAGAUUCUGCGGAUCAUCCGGGACUCUCAAGGGUCUGCCACAGUGAUCCCAAUGUCGGUUUCCAAAGAACCGGUGAUCAGGCCAGUAAGGAAAGCGAUAGUGCUGAUGACCAGAAAAGCGUAGUCGCCAGUGAAAGUUUUACUUCCUCACCCAGGAAGAGAAAAGGCCUGGAAAAGAGGGACGCUCCAGACAAGUCUGUUCCACACAGCAGCCCUUCGCGGUCAGACCAGCCCGAGUUGUUUUAUUUCAUUGUUUUCCUCUGGGUGCUUGUCUACUGCUUAUUGCUCCUCCCACAGCUUAUUAGCAACUCCCUUUGAUCCCCGCAAGUGAGUCAGAAUAAUAAAAG